AUGGCUCGGAUUUGGUUGGCGAGGCGACAAGUUGCACGGGUGAAACAGCAGCGACUACACCUAGCAGCCACCAAAAUCCAGAGGGUCUGGCGCGCAUAUAGAGACCGGCAGUAUGUCACAGCUCUCCGGGCUGAGAAGGAGCGCUACAACAUGUACAUGCGCAGCACCCGUGUGAUCCAAGGCGGAGUGCGCAUGGCGCUGGCGCGGCGGGAGUUCAUGCGGAGGAAGCUGACUCGCCUGGCGCAGAGCGCCAGCCGAAUUCAGAGCCAGGUCAAGAUCUACUUCGCGCGGAAGGAGCUACAUGAGCUGGACUUGCGGGAGACACCCAUCCAGGCCUCCUUCGCGUUGAACCUGAACCCGAAGAACCAGCGCAUGCUGCCCUGGUCCUGGCGCGUCUUCAUGGCGCCCUGGGCCGGCAAAGCGCCAGGCGAGCCUGCUGAGAGCGAAGAGUUUGUGGAUAUCUUUAAGAAGGUUGGCGUCAACAACUGGGACACCGUGGCGGCCGUCCAUUGUCAGAAGCUGGCGCGAGGGUUCCUCACCCGCACACGGGCGCAGAGGACCAAGACGAUCGCCACCGGCGCGGUGCGGGGCAUCGUGGAGAACGCGCUCAAGGUAGCCGCGAGGAGGCGGAGAUGUGCCAUCAAGAUCCAGAGCGUUUUCCGCGGCUGGCUCGUCAGACGCACAAACCUCAUUUGCCACAAGAGGGAGGCAGCCCGGAAAGCCAACAUGACCAACGCCGCAGCUGUCCAGGUCUUCCUGAAGAGGCACGGGACUCCAGAUUACGAGGGUGAUGUCCUGGACCUGGUCAUCAAGAAAGCCUCUACAAUGAUGCAGACUGCGUGGCGCGGCUAUAUGGCCCGUCGCCUCGUGGACCAGCUCAGGGAGGAGGCCCUAUGGCCUGUGAAGGGCUGGUUCGAGUACACCGCCACGGGCCGCGAAGCGGUGCAAGUGGAGGUGUGCUUCCUGCCAAACCCCAGUUUCGACGACUACAAGUACUUCUUGACGCAUGGCAGCACUUCCGCUUUGCAGCUCAGCUUGGAGGAGCUUGAGGCGGACUUGGCCUCCGCCAUGACGUCGAUUCAAGGCAACCACUUCCUCAGGGAAGAUCCCUUCAGGCGGGACUCCAAGUCUUCCAAGGCCUCCAAGGAGACCGCGAUAGCAAGGCCGGUGUGA